GGCACCCUCUGGCCGUCUCUGCGGCGGCGACGGCCUGGGCCGACUGUGCACCGUGCGCAGGCGCGGAGCCUAGACCUCGCUGCAGCCCCCAUAGCCUCGGGGAGUCGUACAGACGGAGUCCGCCUGCUGGCGCGUCAGUGUUCUCCCCCUCGUCCACCCUCCCCGGUCCCCCCAGCGCCCUUCGCGCCCGGAUGGCGGAGCUGCGGCCUAGCGGCGCCCCCGGCCCCGCCGCGCCCCCGGCCCCUGGCCCUAGUGCGCCCCCGGCCUUCGCCUCGCUCUUUCCCCCAGGACUGCACGCCAUCUACGGAGAGUGCCGUCGCCUUUACCCUGACCAGCCGAACCCGCUCCAGGUUACCGCUAUCGUCAAGUACUGGUUGGGCGGUCCAGACCCCUUGGACUAUGUUAGCAUGUACAGGAACGUGGGGAGCCCUUCUGCCAACAUCCCUGAACACUGGCAUUACAUCAGCUUUGGCCUGAGUGAUCUCUAUGGUGACAGCAGAGUCCAUGAAUUUACAGGAACAGACGGGCCUAGUGGUUUUGGCUUUGAAUUGACAUUUCGUCUGAAGAGAGAAACAGGGGAGUCUGCCCCCCCAACCUGGCCAGCAGAGCUAAUGCAGGGCUUGGCCAGAUACGUGUUCCAGUCAGAGAACACCUUCUGCAGCGGGGACCACGUGUCUUGGCAUAGCCCUUUGGAUAACAGCGAGUCAAGAAUUCAGCACAUGCUGCUGACCGAGGACCCACAGAUGCAACCAGUGCAGACACCCUUUGGGGUAGUUACAUUUCUCCAGAUUGUUGGCGUCUGCACCGAGGAGCUCCACGCAGCCCAGCAGUGGAACGGGCAGGGCAUCUUGGAGCUGCUGCGGACGGUACCCGUCGCUGGCGGCCCCUGGCUGAUAACUGACAUGCGGAGGGGAGAGACCAUAUUUGAGAUCGACCCACACCUGCAACAGGAGAGAGUUGACAAAGGCAUCGAGACGGACGGCUCCAACCUGAGUGGUGUCAGUGCCAAGUGUGCCUGGGACGACCUGAGCCGGCCCCCUGAGGACGAUGAGGACAGCCGGAGCAUCUGUAUCGGCACGCAGCCCCGGCGGCUGUCCGGCAAAGACACGGAGCAGAUCCGGGAGACCCUGAGGAGAGGACUUGAGAUCAACAACAAACCUGUCCUUCCGCCAAUCAACCCUCAGCGGCAGAACGGCUUCACCCACGACCGGGCCCCGAGCCGCAAAGAUAGCCUGGAAAGUGACAGCUCCACGGCCAUCAUUCCCCACGAGCUGAUCCGCACACGACAGCUGGAGAGUGUGCAUCUGAAAUUCAACCAGGAGUCAGGGGCUCUCAUUCCCCUCUGCCUAAGGGGCAGGCUCCUGCAUGGACGGCACUUUACAUAUAAAAGUAUCACAGGUGACAUGGCCAUCACAUUCGUUUCCACGGGAGUGGAAGGCGCCUUUGCCACUGAGGAGCACCCUUAUGCAGCCCAUGGACCCUGGUUACAAAUUCUGUUGACUGAAGAGUUUGUAGAGAAAAUGUUGGAGGACUUAGAAGAUUUGACUUCUCCAGAGGAAUUCAAACUUCCCAAAGAGUACAGCUGGCCGGAAAAGAAGCUCAAAGUCUCCAUCCUUCCCGACGUGGUGUUCGACAGUCCACUGCACUAGCCUGGGCUGGGCCCUGCAGGGGCCAAGGGAGAGCCCAGCUGCUCCCCGGUGACUUCCAGAGUACCAACUGCGGACACGCGAACCCCACAAAUAGGACACGCGUGAGGAGGGCUGUGCAGCCACCGCACCGCCUCCCCUGCAGCUCCCCAAGGGGAGGGGGGCCUCCCCCCCCCCCCCCCAAGCCGACCAAGCCCCCCCCCCCCGCCCCCCGCCGGGGCUGGGAGCGGGUAAAUGCAAACCUUCCCCUCCUGCUGCUGCCGCAGGUCGUGAUUGGAAAUGUGACUCUGGACCUUCGAUGUUGUGCCCUUAGGUGGAGACCCGCCUCAUUGUCACCUCUCCCCUGCCGUGGGCCGUCCAGCAGGAGGGAGUGGAGUGGCCGGGGUGCGCACGGCCCAGCUCUGCGGUGGGAAGCCUUUGCUAGGCCAGGUCCUCCGGCCACGGAACAAUUCCUCCGAUCGUGUUUGGUUUUCUUCCUCCUUAUUUUAUUUUGUCGAAACCGGAUGGUAUUUUAUUGGUCUUCAAAGAUGUCCAGAAGCCGUGUAUAUAAUGUUUUUUAAACAGAACUUUAUUCCCAGAUGAACUUUCUCAUUCUCUCAGACGAAGGCCUGGGGCUGUCUCCCCCUGAGCCACCACCAGAGAAGGUGCCGGGGUUCGGUUCGCCUGCCAGCCCAGGACCCUGGAGGAGCCAGCUUCACAGAGAGGCUGAUUUCUUCCCAGCGGGGCCAGGUGGAGCUUGGGGCAGGGGGAGAGCUGAGCUGCUGCCCCAUACAGCCUUCGGCCCGUUUAGCCAGCUGGGGCCAGGAGAAGGUGCCGCUGGUUCUCCAGCGGACUAGGCCGCUGGCAAAGUUCCAGGACCACCAGGGUCUCAGAGACUUGCUAGCCCCGGCCUCCCCUUCUGGGCCUUGUCCACCCGACCAGGGCUGCCUGAGGGAGGGUGAGGCCCAGCACCUCGUAGACCCAUCCCCACCUGCCACUCAGGGCCUAGGUCUGCAGCUCUUUGACCACUCCUGUCCCAUUUCCUCCUCCCCUGGGCCUCCCAGCCUCCAGGCUGCAGGACUCUGGCAUAUUAAAAGUGGAAAAACCAACCUCUCGCCAUGUCCUUCGCUCUGAUUUUGCAAACACCGCACCCUGCCGCCCUCAUUCUCCGUGUCCGCUCGCUUCCUGUCCUUCAUCCCCGUGCCCAUGUCGCCCCCCCAUGCCUCUUCCUGCAUCCCGGGCUCUCCCAGUCCCUUGCCCCACUACUGCAGAUCUCAUGGUCUUCCUCCUAGAAAUAGACCUAUCUCUGGCCCGUGGAUUUGGGGUUCCUUUUGGGUUGUCUCCCACUUCUGCCUGGAAUCAACAAGCCCCUUCGUGCCCUCUCACCCCUGACUCUAGGGACUGCUAUUUCAGGCCUCUCCAAAGCAAAGUCCUUUGGUCUGUCAUGGGCCUCGUAGGGCCAUGCACUGCCCCGUCUGCACCCGCCACACACACAGGCCACUACAGCAGUGCCACAGGUGGCCCAUGGGGUGCAGGACGCCGCUGAUGAGAGACUCAGCCAAAGAGCUGCCUCCAGGGGUCAUGAGGGCAGGGGCCAGGCUCUCCAGGGAGCAAGAUUUGGACUUCCAAGGGGCCACCAGGCCCUGGCCGCUUCUCUGCACACACCCUCAGGGCUACCCAGUUAGCAACAUCAAACUCGGAGCUUCAAGGUGGAUCAGCCUGGGAGACUGGCAGAGAUAGGCUCCAGGCCUCCACCAGCGAAGAUGGAAGCUCCUCUGGACCUGAUGUUGGCCGCAGCUGUGCCUUCUGCUCCAAGGACUUUUCCAAAAGGACAUUUUCUAGCCACUGCCCACCAUAGUACCUCUGCCUUUGAAGCUCUUGUCAUCUAAUGUUCAUGGCCAGAGAGGUGUCAUUAGCUUGUCUCCUUUCCGUGCCACCCUGGCCCACCUCUCCACAAAUUCUUUCUUUCUGGGGACCUGCCUCUGCCUGUCUGCUUUGGCUGAUGGGGAGGAAGGUAUUUUCUGAGCUAAGCUUUGUCGUCAGUAUGGGAGGCAGGCGGGAAGCCGGUGAGCUCUGAGACAGUGAGCCCAUGAAGCCUGUGGCCCCUUCCUGCCCCAUGAUGCCAGCAACCUCCAAGGCCUCCCUCUCCUUUCCCUACAGUGCACUGGCUCCAGAGGAGUAGCAGGGCAUCCACCAUCUCUGACCAGGGGGCUCUCCACUGAGCUUCUGGCUGGUAAGAGAGGACCCUCACUGAGGACCAAGUGAGGCCAACCCCAUAGCAUGCCCGGCAUAGCACUUGGCAUACAGUGGGUACUCACUAAAUGUACCGCUUCCUUCCCUCCCUGCGGUGCUUCGGGAGCCCUGACAUAGUGAGUCAGGGAGGUAAGAAGCCUCCCUCCUAAAUCUGCCUCUUCCUCGUGGCUUCCCUGUGGCUUGCCCAGUCCCACCCCCUCCCUCCAGGUCCCUGUGGCUCAAGCUUCUGAGAGGAAGGGGCGCCCCCGUACGUACACAUGGCAGACUCUGGGACUCUUCAGGUCCUGUGUGGGCUGCAGGUGGGCUGCAGCCCCAGCUGUCAUUCUGCGGGGGUGGAGUGGCUCAUGCAAGGUCUCAGGUCUGUCCAGGGAGCUGGUCCCUCUUCCUCCCCUUCUCUUCCUCUUCCAAAGGCAAGGCUUCCGGGCAGGGACUAGGAAGCCUUGGGGAGAAUCUAAAGGGCUAGAGUAUUUUUAAGAAAAAUGCACACAGGGUCUUGGGGCUGGGUUUUGAGACUGAGUUGAGAGCAGGGAAAAAAACCUCGAAGGUUGGUGCCCCUAUGGGGCAGACCAGUAGAGAACUCCCUUGACUGUAUUUUUUUAUCCAGUUGUCUUUCCUCUCUGGCUUCCAGGUCCUCUGCGCCAGGUAAGGUGCCUGGGUCCCUGUUACAAGUCAGGAGCCCUGUAGAGAGAGCCCUCCUUUUGUACAAGUACCUGAAUGCUGCAACGAGCAGACUUUUGUAAAAUUUUAUAUUAGUUUCUAAUGUCGACUGCGACUCGGUUCCUGGGGGCUGCAGCCAGCCUGGGACUUCUGUAAGAAUUUUUGGGUGACUCACUUAGAUGUCGUUUCCUUCUUGCUCCCUCUUCCUCUGUGUAAUCUAAGUGCAUUAAACAUAUUUGCAGAAGUG